AUGCUCCUACAGCCGCCUUUUCUACCCUUCCUUCACGCGAAAGAGCACAUGCCACCAUUGCGCUCAAUCCAUACUGUCGGACACACCUAUGAGGCUGAUCAAGGCCAAUGGCGACAUGUUUGGAGAUUCUUCCCAAUUGGCUGCCGGAGAACCCGGGCCAGAGCCAGAUAUCUGUUGCAGACAACAUCCCUGGACAUCAAAUCCGAGCACUAUGGCCAUACUGCUGGUACAACUACAUCGUCCCCCAUUGUACGACUGGAAGACAAAGCCCGGAUCAUCGAUAGAAUCAUUCCCAGAGAACGCUUCGGCAGCAGCAUCUUCAGCACGCCAGUGCUUCUGCUACUACGCUUGUUCUACGAUGCAGCUCCCUUCCGAUACAUUGAUGUAUGGCACACUCACCAGGCCAAUCGACCGAGGGACAUCUCCCAGAGCAGCCUCGCCAGGGUCAAGAUCUCUCUGGAGGAAGCGUCUAAGACCAAUGGGGGAGUUCCUGAGACGGCCAACGGCGGUUUGAGAGUUUCCACGCAAUCAUGGGCAACAUGUCUGCUGUGCGGUCUCUAUCCGAUUGGGUCAGAAUACAGGCUGCGAUCGCUGACCUGGACCAAGUCUCUCUCGGCGCCAUUGUCUCACGAGUUUUUGCAAUUCGUGCUGGAAGACGCGGAUGCUGGGCACGCCAUCCGGCUCAUCGCGGAGCGAGACACCUACGGCGAUUGGGUCUCCAUCCGGUCCAGUUCGAUAUUAGACUCAGCUGGGAGGCGGAUCUCGGGGGCACGCAGCAGAGGUGUUGAAACUGACGAGCAGCAUGACCUACCGCUCCCCCUGCUGUCACUAUCGUGGUGCCAUCUGCCAGCAGCAAGUCGUCCGACUGCAGGUAAUUUUGCGAGCAUCAUGGGGCAUGUGACAAGACGCUGGCCGAAAUACAACCUGAGCCGCCACCAUUGCUGGUUCUUCUGCGAGGCCGUUUUCGAGCAGAUGAUCAUGGAUUGCGUCUCGUCUGAUGAUGCAACUGACAGGCAGCCUCGAUUGACUACGUGGCCUGGGGCUGCGUAUCGGUAUUCAUACGUUGUCAUGGGUCGGAAGGUCCUCAAACGAGCUGCACUCGUCUACCAGGCGCAGAAGUUCUCAUCGGAGAUGGACCAGGAUGGGGUUUUGGUGUGGUGA